AUGUCCGAUCAAUUAACUCACGUGAAAUCUGUGUUUCAUAAACGAUUUGCACAUCUUUCAUCUGCAAUUACCAAUCGGUUAUGGCUAAAUGCACAUACCAAUUAUGAUUGUGAUGUUUUAUUGACCUUUCCGGCACGGGUCGAUGACAAUGUCAUCGUUUGGUUUCUGGAGAAAUUCCUUCAACUUGAACCUGAUGUUCGCAUAUCAAUUAAAUAUCAUUUCACUACAGGUGUUUAUGGGUUUUAUUUAACUUUUACUUACGAACGGAUUUUGAAGGGUGCUGACGCUCUUCAAUUAGAAAAACCGAUUAAACAAGAAUUUGGCGGCGGUUAUCAAAUAUUCUUGUUCGACGAAUUAGAAUUUUAUCAAGGUGUCGAAGAUGAAGAUAAGUUCUUUAGCACUCAAGAGAGGCAAUCUAUUGUUCUUCAUCUUCUUUAUUCAAUGAGAAUGAAUGAAACUCAACUUCUUAAUGGAAUUAAAUUUAAAGUUGAUCAAUCAUUAAUUCAACGCGGUUUAGAGAAAAACGGAGACAUGGGUGUGGCCAAAGAAUGUUUUCAAGCCGCAACCGAUCGCUUUUAUACAAAAGCACUCUGUCUACCGGCUGCUUAUGGUGUUUAUAUUUGGUAUCAUACCGGACAAAGUCAGGAACUUGAUGAUAAACUCUUUGUCAUUAAUUCGUUUUUAAAUAUCAUUUGGGCUACGGGAUUCUUGAUCUUUUGGCGACGACGACAGGCUGAAUUAGCUUAUAAAUGGAAUACACUCGAUAUGGAACAACUAGAAGAAACGCGAGCGACAUACAAAGGUGAAUUACGACGAUCACCCGUCACUGACAAAUAUGAGCCGUAUUAUCCUGUAUGGAAGCGCGUAGCAUUUCGCUGUUUGGUAACCAUUCCACUAUUAAUGAUCAACCUUGUUCUCGUUUCGAUCUCUAUUGUUCUUAUCAUCCGUUUUCAAAGCUGGAUUGAUCGACAAUUAAAGGCAGGCCGAUUACCAUCAUUAAUGUCACUCACGGAAUUAUUUCCGAAGAUAUUAUUAGCUCUAGUCACGACGAUUUUCGAUGAUGUCUAUAAACGUGUUUGCCGUUGGUUAACAGACAAAGAAAAUUAUCGAGAGCAACGCGUACAUGACAAUCAAAUGAUAGCAAAAAUGUUUGCUUGUGCAUCUAUCAAUUCCUACUUGGGCGUGUUCUACAUCGCCUUUUUCACACACAAAUACAUUCGAUUAUCUGACCAAUUGAUAACCAUUUUUGUUAUAAAACAAUUCUGGGAUCAUGUCAAGGAAGCAAUCAUUCCAUACAUUGUGUCAAAUACACGUCUAUCGGUAUUGAUUCAAAUGAGUAAAAAGGAACACGAUCGAUAUACCGAACGUGAAGAACUUAAUAACCAUUUGAAACGCAUUCUCGACCAAUGGAAUACUUCCAAACAAACGAAAGUCAUUGCAUUCAAUCCGUGUGAUUCUCUUCCAAGUUUCGAAACUCUAUCAUUAUCACAAGCUGAAAUCGAAUGUUUACAACCGAAAUGGCAAGAUUUGUACGAAGAUUCUCUCGAAUUAGUGGUUCAAUUUGGUUAUAUUAUAUUCCUUUCGACAUUAUUUCCACUUGCAGCAUUCUUCUCUUUGUUGAAUAAUAUUCUCGAAAUACGAACGGAUGCAUUUAAACUAUGCAUGAUCUAUCAGCGACCGUUUUCGCAACGUGUCAAAGAUAUUGGCCAUUGGCAGAAAAUUAUGGAAUAUAUGAUCGUUGCAGCGAUUAUCAUUAAUUGUAUAUUCUGUUCUAUUCGCGGAGUCUUCCGCCGAAUGGUGCCUGGUCUUCCAUUCGCCGCGGAAAUCUUCCUACUCGUUUGUAUUGAGCAUUUAUUGGUCUUGUUUUGCAAAACAAUCCGAUCAAAUAUUGAAAGUGUACCAUAUUGGGUGAGAGUUGAAAAAGCUAAAAUGGAAUAUCGCCGACGAGAAGCAUUGAAAAAACUGGAAUGCGAUGCUUUGCAUAAUCAAUCUCAUGGCAACGACGAAUAG